AUCUUAUUAAAAUAAAUAAAUACAAAAAAUGACAAAAAAAAUUGAUGCCUAAUAGAACAAGUCUCCCAUUGUUUUUCACAUCCACAUUUGGCGAUUCCUUGUCAUCCACCGCCGGCCUUCCUCUGUUUUUAAGACCUCCCCUGUCUUCUCCCUUUCACGCCCCAAAAAUGGACCGCCUCAUCGCCGUCGAGCCCUCCACCUUGAUCCCAAUUCCGAUCGAACCCUCUCGGAAAUGCUCCGCCGAGCUCACCCUCCGCAACGUCAUGUACACCAUGCCCGUCGCCUUCCGGCUGCAGCCUCUGAUCAAAUCCCGCUACACUUUCAAGCCUCAAUCUGGCAUCAUCCCACCACUCGCUACAUUAACGGUUGAGAUUCUUUACCAUCUCCCCCCAGACUCUGAUCUCCCCGAUUCCUUUCCUUACUCCGACGACUCCUUCCUCCUCCACAGCGUCGUCGUCCCCGGUGCUGUUAUCAGCUUUGACUCUGUUCCGUCCGACUGGUUCACUACCAGAAAGAAGCAGGUCUUCAUUGACAGUGGGAUUAAAGUCAUGUUUGUGGGGUCGGCUGUGGUGACGAGGCUGGUGGCAGAUGGGGUUAUGGAUCAGAUUAGAGAUGUGCUGGAGCGGAGCGAUCCUAGCUGGAGGGCGGUGGACGCGGUGGAUGAACAGGGGAGGACUCUGCUUCACUUGGCGGUGGAGCAGGGGAGGGCGGAUUUGGUGCAAUUGUUGUUGGAGUUUAAUCCGGAUUUGGGGGCAGUGGGGCGGUGUGGGAUGACGGCGUUGGAGGCGGCGGCGGGGGCAGGGCAGGCGUUGAUUGUGGAGUUGUUGUUGGCGAGGAGGGCGAGUACGGAGCGGGGGGAGGGGUCUGUGUUUGGGGCGGUGCAUUUGGCGGCGGCGGGAGGGCAUGUGGAAGUGUUGAGGCUGCUUUUGGUGAAAGGGGCUUUUGUCGAUGCUUUGUCUAAGGACGGCGAUACGGCGCUGCAUCUCACUGUUCAGGAGCGCCGCCGUGACUGUGCUCGACUGCUUCUCGCUAAUGGAGCCAAGCCUGAUGUUCGUAGUGCUGAACAAGGAGAUACGGCGCUGCACAUGGCGGCGAGAAUCGGCGACGAGCAAAUCGUGAAGCUUUUAAUUCAGAAGGGAGCCAACAAAGACAUCCGAAAUUGGGCCGGGAAGAGGCCAUACGACGUCGCAUUCGACCACUCCCACACUCGCCUCUUCGACGUCCUCCGCCUCGCCGACAAGCUCGCCACCGCCGCACGCAAGGGCGACGUCCGGUCAAUUCAACUCCUCCUCGAUAGCGGUGCCGCUCUCAACGGCCGCGACCAAAACGGCUGGACAGCGCUCCACAGGGCGGCCUUCAAGGGCCAGACCGACGCCGCCAGAGCCCUAAUCGACAUCGGCAUUGAAAUCGAAGCCAAGGACGACGAAGGCUACACCGCCCUCCACUGCGCCGUGGAGGCUGCCCAAGCCGACGCCGUUCAGCUCCUCGUCGAGAGAGGCGCUGACGUGGAGGCGCAGACUAAUAAAGGGAUGAGUUCAAUGCAGAUUGCUGAGUCACUGCAGUACCCAAGGAUUAUGAGGAUUUUGAUGCAGGGCGGCGCCUGCAGAGACAAGGAGGCGUCGCCGUCGCAAACGCCGUCGUGGGGACUGACAAAGAAGAAGCAGAGUAAGAGCAGAGGGAGAAUAAGGAGUGUGCGGAGUACGGAGUUUGAUAAGUCGGUGGCGUUGUCGGUAGUGUGAGAACAUAUAUAUAGUGUUGUAUGUGUAUAUAUGUAUGUAUGGAUGGAUGGAUGCAUGCAUGUACGGCAUGCGUAUUUUCCAUCGCUUAUCUUUUAUUUGUUUUCAAAUAUCUAUCAUAAUUGGAAAUUUGUAACUAAUUC